CGGCCGCGAGCUAGCGAACGAUCGAACCAGCGAACGAACCCGGCGAAGGCAGGAGUCGAGCGGCCCGACCGCGGGAGCAAGGCCCGGCGGGGGCGACGCAAGGCGGCCGAGCACGCGCCGCUCAGCCCGCUGUCCACACUCGGGGCCGCGCGCGCCGCGCCAGGACACUGCUGUCACUGGAGGUGCCUGACAAAAAGCAACCCUGACGGCUUCCUUGAGCCCAAGUCAUUUGGCCACCUCAGCCCCCUGGAACCUCCUGGAACCCCCAGGUGUGGUUCUGCAGUGGAGCAGCCAUGGGGUCUGAGGACCACAGUGCCCAGAACCCCAGCUGCAAAAUCAUGACCUUCCGCCCCACCAUGGACGAGUUCAGGGACUUCAACAGAUACGUGGCCUACAUCGAGUCGCAAGGUGCCCACCGCGCAGGCCUGGCCAAGAUCAUCCCACCCAAGGAGUGGAAGCCACGGCAGACAUAUGACGACAUCGAUGAUGUGGUCAUCCCAGCACCCAUACAGCAGGUGGUGACGGGGCAGUCGGGGCUUUUCACACAGUACAACAUCCAGAAGAAGGCCAUGACUGUGGGCGAAUACCGCCGCCUGGCCAACAGUGAGAAGUACUGCACCCCUCGCCAUCAGGACUUUGACGACCUGGAACGAAAGUACUGGAAGAACCUGACCUUCGUCUCGCCCAUCUAUGGGGCUGAUAUCAGUGGCUCCCUAUAUGAUGACGAUGUGGCCCAGUGGAACAUUGGUAACCUGAAGACCAUCUUGGAUAUGGUGGAACGUGAGUGCGGCACCAUCAUCGAGGGCGUGAAUACACCCUACCUGUACUUUGGCAUGUGGAAAACCACUUUUGCCUGGCACACAGAGGACAUGGACCUCUACAGUAUCAACUACCUGCACUUCGGCGAGCCCAAGUCCUGGUACGCCAUUCCACCGGAGCACGGCAAGCGCCUGGAGCGCCUGGCCAUAGGCUUCUUCCCUGGGAGCUCACAGGGCUGCGAUGCCUUCCUGAGGCACAAGAUGACACUCAUCUCGCCCAUCAUCCUGAAGAAGUAUGGCAUCCCCUUCAGCCGGAUCACACAGGAAGCCGGGGAGUUCAUGAUCACUUUCCCCUAUGGUUACCACGCGGGCUUCAACCAUGGCUUCAACUGUGCUGAGUCCACCAACUUUGCCACGCUACGCUGGAUUGACUAUGGCAAAGUGGCCACACAGUGCACAUGUCGCAAAGACAUGGUCAAGAUCUCCAUGGACGUGUUUGUACGCAUCCUGCAGCCUGAACGCUAUGAGCAGUGGAAGCAGGGCCGUGACCUCACGGUGCUGGACCAUACUCGGCCCACAGCCCUUAGCAGCCCUGAGCUGAGCUCCUGGAGUGCCUCUCGCGCCUCACUGAAGGCUAAGCUCUUGCGCAGACCAAUUAGUGUGAAGGAGAGCAGACCCUGGAGAAAGGCUGAGGAGGAGAGGAGGCCGAGUCUAGAGAGGAGGCGGGAGCCGACCAGGAGGCCAGGGCCAGCGUCACACCGGAGACGGAGCCAGCCCAAGAAGUCCAAGCCUGAAGACUCCAAGUCUCCUGGUCUGGAUGAGCCUGGGGGCUGUUCUCGAGAGGAGGCCACUCCUGAGGACGAGGAUGAGGAAGAGGAGCUGUUGCCCUCACAGGGUCCCGAGGCUGAGGGCCUGGAAGAGGAUGGCAGAGGCAAACCCCGACCAACCAAGGCCCGGAGCAAGAAGAAGACCCCCAACCCCCUGUCACCCCUGUUGCCACCCUCCCCACCAGCCCUAUUACCCACUGAGGAAGUCCUAAGAUCACAGCCCCCACCCAAGUCUCCGGUGCCGGCCAUGGGCCCCAUGGCCGCAGAGGGGGGCCCUCCACCAGCACCCCUCAAUGUGGUGCCUCCUGGGGCACCAGGUGAGGAGGCAGAGGUGCGGCCGCGGCCCAUCAUCCCAAUGCUGUAUGUGCUUCCACACACCAACACCGCAGAUGGGGACAGGGAGCGCACUGCCCACCCGCAGUUGGCACCCAUGGAGCUGGGACCCGAAGACGAAAGCCAGGCCCAAGCUGGUGAUGCACAGGCACCAUCCUCCUUCUCUAAGCUGAAGGUAGAAAUCAAAAAAAGCCGGCGUCACCCGUUGGGUCGUCCACCUACACGGUCCCCACUGUCUGUGGUUAAACAGGAGGCUUCGAGUGAUGAAGAAGCCUUCCCAUUCUCAGGAGAGGACGAUGUCAGUGACCCUGAGGCCUUGAAGUCCCUACUUUCGCUGCAGUGGAAGAACAAGGCAGCCAGCUUCCAAGCUGAGAGGAAGUUCAAUGCGGCAGCUGCCCUCAACGAGCCCUACUGCGCCAUCUGUACCCUCUUCUACCCCUACAGCCAGUCGGUACAGACAGAGCGAGAGGUCCCAGCUGCUCCAGGGGACAGUGCUGUCCAGCCACCCUCCAAAAGUGGCCAGAGGACACGGCCACUGAUCCCUGAGAUGUGCUUCACUUCGAGUGGGGAGAACACGGAGCCGCUGCCUGCUAACUCCUACGUCGGCGAGGAUGGUACAAGCCCACUCAUUUCCUGUGCUCACUGCUGUCUGCAGGUCCAUGCCAGUUGCUACGGUGUCCGGCCUGAGCUGGCCAAGGAGGGCUGGACAUGCUCCCGGUGUGCGGCCCAUGCCUGGACUGCGGAAUGCUGUUUGUGCAACAUCCGGGGGGGAGCACUGCAGACGACCACGGAGCACAGGUGGAUUCACGUGAUCUGCGCCAUUGCAGUCCCCGAGGUACGGUUCCUGAAUGUGAUUGAACGCAACCCCGUGGAUGUCAGUGCCAUCCCUGAGCAGCGAUGGAAACUGAAAUGUGUGUACUGCCGCAAGCGCAUGAAGAGGGUGUCUGGUGCCUGUAUCCAGUGCUCCUAUGAGCACUGCUCCACGUCCUUCCAUGUGACCUGCGCACAUGCCGCUGGUGUCCUCAUGGAGCCCGAUGACUGGCCCUAUGUGGUGUCCAUCACCUGCCUCAAGCACAGAGCAGGCGGCCUUGGGGGCCAGCUCCUGCGUGCUGUGUCCCUGGGUCAGGUCGUCAUCACCAAGAACCGCAAUGGGCUAUAUUAUCGCUGCCGUGUCAUUGGCACCACCGCACAGACCUUCUACGAGGUCAACUUUGAUGAUGGCUCCUACAGUGACAACCUGUACCCAGAAAGCAUCACGAGCAGAGACUGUUUGCGGCUAGGACCGCCCCCGGAGGGCGAGCUGGUGGAGCUGCGGUGGACAGAUGGCAACCUGUAUAGAGCCAGGUUCAUCUCCGCGGCCACCAGCCUCAUCUACCAGGUGGAGUUUGAGGACGGGUCUCAGCUAACGGUGAAACGAGGGGACAUCUUCACCCUGGAAGAGGAGCUGCCCAAGAGGGUACGGUCCCGGCUGUCCCUGAGCACCGGCACUCCACAGGAGCCCGGCUUCUCUGCAGAGGAUGUGAAGGCUGCCAAGCGUCCACGGGUGGCUGCUAUGGUAACCACCACCACCCAGGACACAGGGCACAGCCCGGAAUACCUGGCCUUCGUGGAGAGCCUGCUGCAAGCGCAGGGCCGACCUGGGGCACCCUUCUAGAUGCUGCCCACUCCCGUUCCCACUGCGGGACCUACCUGGGCAACAGGACCAGCAGGAUCCAACAUGGCCAGACUCAGGGAGAGGGGCCAGUGUCCCUGGACUGCAGCGAUUCCGUGGGACCCAUCCUGGCUGUGCUUUUCUCCUAAAGGUGCUAUGGGGCAUCUCAGAGCCUCCUGUGACAGACGCCAGCCGAGGACACUGGGGCACAGCCCCAACCUGUUUUCUAGAUUCGUGGCUUUAAACACGGACAGCGACCUACUCUUUUCUUCGGAACCAAGACCCGAGGAGAUUCGUCCUUAUUCGCCGCUUGUGGAGGUCAUUUCACUCCUCAGCAGCUGGAGAGGCACUCAGACAGCAGCCAGCGCACGCUGGCCUGUGUGGUGGCCUGUGUGGUGGCUGCUGGUAGUGUCUUCUGCUUCCUGCUGGGGAGGCGGACCCUGCAGGAGCCGUCCCUUCCCUGUCCUGUCCCCCGCCCCAUGCAGAGUCUGCCUCUGAGGCCUGGCAUGGCAGCUGCCCCAUGGGUGAGCCAGGCUGCAAGGUGGUUGAGUCCCACGGCUGUGGCCUGAGGUCCCAUGAGCCUUACCCCUGACAGAGCCUCUGUGUGGCUGAAGGCAAGGGAGCAGGUGCUGCCUUCCCUUGCAGCAUGGGUUGAGUGACAGGGACACCGACUACUCGGGCCUGCUCUUUACUAGUGGCCACUGCCACCCUAGCACAGUGCCCAGCAUGGACAGCUCGUCUGUAAGUGAUAAAGGACUGCACAGACAGGCCCUGGGGAUCUGCUGGGUGCCCAGUGACCACCGUGUCCACAUGUACUUUGAAAUUCUAUUUAUAUUGUAAAGAGAAAAGGGCCCAGCCUUGGGCCUAGAGGAAUGGGCUGGGCCUCAGGGGCCUCAGGCUUCGCCUCAUGGGCUCUGCAGAGGCUGCAGGUGGCCCGCACAUGCGUCUCACAGAGAGGCCUGGGUUUUACAGUGUGCAAAACAAAAACAGAAACAAAACUUCGCUCCUCCCUUACUUUUCUCCCCACCCCAGAUGAAGGAUGCCAUAUUUUUGCCUCAGUCCCCAGCCUCUGGCUCAGGAUCCAUUAAAAGCCCUCAAGCGCUUCCUAUUCCUGCCUGGCCACGGCUAUGUUUUCAUUUCUGGCCAGGGCCAGGUGGGCUCAGGACAGAGGUUUCCUUGACAGGACGGUGGGCACAGCAUGUCCUGGUCUGGAUGUAGGGCUGCCGGGAGGUGGGACACCAUCCGCUCCAGGGGCAUGGUGCUGGGGCAGUGUGCCCUGCAGGGUAUCGGGGCUCUGCACUCCCUCAUUUGUCAGCAGCUUCCAUCUGCUUCCCGUCUAGCAAGGGCCACAGAUGAGCAAUGGUGCUGCGGCCAAGCAGAUCCUGGCCUGCUGGAGCAGAGGGAAGAGUGGGGGCAGGGCCUGCUGGUGGGUUGCAAGAGAGACUUGGGUUUGACCCAAGGGAGGAGGAGCGUGGGAGCCGCAGAGAAGCCCACAGGGAUCUCAGCAGCAGGCAGCCAGGUGGGGCAGAGGCAGCCAGGUGGGGCAGAUGACCCUGGUUUUCCAUUCCUCUUUGAAACAUAGACUAGACCUUGGAACAGGCAAAAGCUCUGGAGGAAAGGGAAGGCAGCCCUGAUGGGGACAUGGCCAGGAUCCUGUGGGGUAGGGUGUUGUGCCAAGAGGGGGCAUCUAACUAGCUCUGACCCCGACUGGCAGAUUCUACUGAGCUCAGACGUGAGACCUGCAGCCUUGGGCCAAAUCUAGCCCUAGACAUGUUUUUUGUCAAUAAAGUUUUAUUUGCACACGG